UCGGCUGCAAAACUAAGCAGCGCCUUGCCGCCGCUAUGCUUGACCACACUUUAUCUAUUUUUGUUUCUGUCUGUUGCGAUUACCUGGGUCGUUGUUGCCGUUGCGCCUUCGGGCGGGCCUCGCCGGAAGAUGCCAACAAAUCCGGCGGCCGCGCCGUAUGAAUGCCAAAACACCCCGAUCCGUUGCAACGGCGGGGAGGGCCAGCAGAGGAUAGUAUGCCCGUAUUUUUGGGAAGGAGUGGAUGGCAUUGAAGCCGGCCGCUGCUCCGUCUUCCAUGACCGCACCAAUCCAACCACUCCUCCAUCCAUGAACCUUAUCAUCGCCGCCGGCCUAGGCUAUAUAAAGAGGAAUGAAAAGGUGGAGGGAAAGGCAGGAGGCUUCAGCGCUUCACGCCUCCUCUCUCCAUUCUUCUUCCUCUUCCCAUCCACCCUAGCUACCGUUCGUCUCUAAUCGUUGCCGCUGGCUCACACCACCACCGCCCUCUGUCCUUCUGGUCAAGAAGCUCCUGGUCCCGCUCCUGCACCGGCACAGGAUGGCGCUGCUCACGGCGCCGGCGGUCUUCGCCGCGCUCCUGCUCUUCUGGGCAGUGCUCGGCUCCACCGACGCGGACGUUGCGCCGCUGUACAAGGACCCAGCGCAGCCCGUGGAGGCGCGCGUCACCGACCUGCUGGGCAGGAUGACGCUCGCGGAGAAGAUCGGGCAGAUGACCCAGAUCGAGCGGCUCGUGGCCACGCCCGAAGUGCUCCGGGAUAACUUCAUCGGCAGCCUGCUGAGCGGCGGCGGGAGCGUGCCGCACAAGGGCGCCACGCCGCAGGAGUGGCAGGCCAUGGUGGACGGCUUCCAGAAGGCCUGCAUGGAGACGCGGCUCAGCAUCCCCAUGAUCUACGGCAUCGACGCCGUCCACGGCCACAACAAUGUCUACGGCGCCACCAUCUUCCCACACAACGUCGGCCUCGGCGCCACCAGGGACCCUUACCUGGUCAGGAGGAUCGGCAACGCCACCGCGCUCGAAGUCAGAGCCACCGGCAUCCAGUACGCCUUCGCGCCCUGCAUCGCGGUGUGCAGAGAUCCGAGGUGGGGCCGGUGCUACGAGAGCUACAGCGAAGAUCACCGGAUUGUGCAGUCCAUGACGGAGCUCAUCCCGGGCCUCCAGGGUGAGGUCCCCGAGGGCUUCACCAGCGGGAUGCCAUACGUUGCCGGAAAGAACAAGGUUGCGGCGUGCGCGAAGCACUUUGUCGGUGAUGGCGGCACGGUGAACGGCAUCAACGAGAACAACACCAUCAUCAACGAGCAGGGCCUGAUGAGCAUCCACAUGCCGGCUUACCUCAACGCCAUGAAGAUGGGUGUCUCCACCGUCAUGAUCUCCUACUCCAGCUGGAAUGGGAAGAAGAUGCACGAAAAUGGAGAUCUCAUCAACGGAUACCUCAAGGGCAAGCUCAAUUUCAAGGGCUUUGUGAUCUCAGACUGGGAAGGCAUUGACAGGAUCACAAACCCUGCAGGGUCGGACUACUCGUACUCGGUCAAGGCUUCGAUCAAUGCCGGCCUUGACAUGAUCAUGGUGCCUAACAACUACCAGAGCUUCAUCAGCCUCCUGACUGGCCACGUCAACAGCGGCGCCAUCCCCAUGAGCAGGAUCGACGACGCCGUCACCCGGAUCCUGCGCGUCAAGUUCACCAUGGGCCUCUUCGAGAACCCUUACUCAGACCCCAGCAUGGCUGGUUAUCUCGGAAACAAGGAGCACAGGGAUUUGGCGAGGGAGGCGGUGAGGAAGUCGCUGGUGCUCCUCAAGAACGAUGGCAAGGCGAGUGACAAGCCGCUGCUGCCGCUGCCCAAGAAAGCGACCAAGAUCCUUGUCGCCGGCAGCCACGCCGACAACCUGGGUUACCAGUGCGGCGGUUGGACGAUCGAGUGGCAGGGCGACUCCGGCCGCACCACCGUCGGCACGACCAUCCUCGAAGCCGUUAAGGCCGCCGUGGACCCGUCGACGGCUGUGGUGUUCGCCGAGAACCCCGACGCUGACUUCGUCAAGAACGGCGGCUUUUCCUACGCCAUCGUGGUGGUAGGCGAGCACCCGUACACCGAGACCAAGGGCGACAACCUGAACCUGACCAUCCCGGAGCCCGGGUUGAGCACCGUGCAGGCGGUGUGCAGCGGGGCGCCGUGCGUGACGGUGCUCAUCAGCGGGCGGCCCGUGGUGGUGCAGCCGCUCCUGGCCGCGUCGGACGCUCUGGUGGCGGCGUGGCUCCCCGGCUCGGAGGGGCAGGGCAUCACCGACGCGCUGUUCGGCGACUACGGGUUCGGUGGGAAGCUGCCGCGGACAUGGUUCAAAUCGGUGGACCAGCUGCCGAUGAACUACGGCGACGCGCACUACGACCCGCUCUUCCCGCUCGGCUACGGCCUCACCACCAACGCCACCAAGGCCUACUAGACAGGAUUACUAGACAGCAGGAAAGUACACCAUACUAGAGAUAGGAAACUGGGACAUGAACCGUGAGUUCCUGCUCCCUGCCAUGGCUGCCGAUCGAUUUGUUUCGACCGGUUUACUAUUAUUAGUACUAUUCUUUUUUUA